AUGCAAAGCGGCUUCGGGAUGCUGGAAAUGGGAAGCUCAUCGAAAGGCCACGAAGUAAAUAUCGUGCUCAAGAAUAUCUUCGAUGUUGUUUGUGGUGCGAUGGCUUACUACAUGGUAGGCUAUGGCCUGUCUUAUGGUGAACCAUCAAACUGGUUCAUGGGUCAGGGCGAUUUCUUCGUGGACGCCAAUGACGGGGACCACUUGGACACGGGACUGAUCCACAGCAGGUACAUCUUUCAGUUCAGUUUUGCUGCCACCUCGACGACGAUUGUCAGCGGGUGUCUUGCAAUGAGAUGUCGUUUCCUGGUCUACUGCUUCUAUUCGUUUUAUUCUGUCAUAGUGUAUGCCUUCGUCGCCCACUGGGAGUGGGCCCCGAAUGGGUGGCUGAAACAGCUGGGUGUGCACGACUUCGCCGGAAGCGGUGCUGUCAGCCUGCUGGGAGCCAUGAAUGGUCUCAUCGGUAUCCUGUGGCUGGGCCCCAGAUUGGGGCGCUUCGACGGAACCCGACUCUCCACCGACUUUAAGCCAUCUUCUCCCACGACCAUCCUUUUUGGAUUGUUCAUGCUAUGGUGGGGCUGGAUUGGCUUCAACUGCGGGAGUUCGUUUGGAAUCACAAAGACCAAAUGGCUCGUCGCGACCCGUGCGGGCGUGGCCACACUGAACGCCACGGCUGGGGGCGGCUUCGCUGCCUUGUUCUACACCAAGGAGCAGCUGUUCUUUGCCCCACUUUUCAGUGGCUGGCCAACUGCUGCCUGUGAUAGGCUUAGCAGUUUGUGUUUUAUAAUUGGUGGCUGGGCUCCCCUGGUUUUUCAUCGCAUGCGUGGUCUGUUCAGUUUCCUGGUAUUCUGGGCUCUCUACGGCAGUGACGAGGAUUUUGGGAGAAGCUUCGUGGCACCGACGGGCCAGGCGGUCGAGAACGCGGGCUCGUUUCUUUCUACGACUGUGGCUGGCCGGCCACGUGCAGGCGUCCAAGUGGAAGCUGCAACGUGUCUGUGCCAUACUGCAGGGACACCACAGCCAAAGUACACUGCCGGGCGCAGUGCUACAACGACUUCGGGAGAGCGCCAUGGCAGCCCCCGGAAAGACGGGAUGGUGGUGCGAGGUGUGCAACAAGCAGACCCGCCACUCCGCUACCUACUGUCCUUCUUGUGGAGGACAUUGGCAGACGUGCGGAAAGACUCAGUCCUACACGGCUGCUGCGACAGCAGCACCAUGGAGGGACGGCGCACCAAGGACCGGGGGAGGAGCGGCGGCAAGCAGCAGCCGAAGGGAGGCAAGGACAAAGGGAAAGGCAAGGCCAAGACGGACUGGAGCAAGUCCCAGCCCCAACCGCCUCAGCUGGAUCAGCUACCGGCGGGGCCUGCAGCUCCCAACCUUCCCGGACCUCGUGCUGCAGCAGUGGAGACACAGGUCUCCCCUAUGAAGACCCAGAUGGACGCGCUUCUGGGUAUCCUCUCGAGUUCCUCAGCGUCUCUGCCCCCAGAAGCUCAACAGAUGAUAGCAGUCAUGCAGGAAUCCAACUCGCAGAGCAGUGCCAAAGCCAUGCACAGGGCGGUGGCAGAUCAGGCCAAGGCCCGCCAAGCGCUGGCCAGGAUGCAAACCCAGAAGGCUUCAUACCUUCAAUCCUGGCACGCGUACGUGUCAGACCUGGCAGCGCUUCUGGAAACGCAGAUUGCGGAGCAGGUCAAGGUGAUGAGCGACUUCGAGGAGAAGGAGCUACAAUGGUCGCAGGCAGAGGCCCAGGCGACACAGCAACUGGCUCGCCUUACGGGAGCCAAGGAAGAUGCCUCGGAUGGAGGCGAGCGGGACAUGGAGGACGCCGAGAAUGCCGUCGAUGCGGACAUCGAGGAGGCACAACGGCUCCAGAAAGCGUCUGCCGAAAGCCAGGCAUCAGCCAGGCAAAUGUUGGCAGCGCUCCAGGAAAUGAAGCAAGCAGCGGCGGACCAAGCACAGCAGCAGGCCAGGGAAGGGUCCCGGACGCCCAGAAGGUCGUCGCAGCCCGAGCCCAACAAGGGUCUCUCGACUAUGUAUGGGCCGAUUCCUUCUCUCGGCGGCAUGGCUUGCCGUUCGAUCGAGUUUGAAGCCGACUACGUGGGGCCCUCCGCGGCAGCGAUUCUCGGCAUUAUGAACAGUUUUGAUGCAGCGGUGGAUGACCUUCCGAGCUUUGCUCGUCACACCACUUGGCUGGACCCUCGGGUACGCGGCUGGGAGAAUUGUUGCCUCCCCGCCUCGGUCUCCCACUACGACCAUAGCCUUUUUGAGGCUAAUGUGCUUCUUGGCCGGUGUUUGCCUCGGCCGCUCUGCUGUGCCAAGGCCGAUGCCGUGCAGAGUACCAUUUCUUCGGCUGUACUCCACCAACUGGAGCUUGCCCAGGCUUCUCGGCGGGCCUCCCGGUACACAUUCCGUUCUCCUGUUUUGCAUAUGGCUGGGCAAACAGUUGAGAAUGACGAAGUGUGCCGAGAGGACAAAGAGACUUCUGGGGCAACCUUCAGGGCUGGCGGGGCGGCUGCAUGUGAGGAGUGCUUCUGUGGACCUGUGAGCCGGUCCUCUUGUACAAAGGUAGGUAGAGUUGUUCGUUUUUCGGAUGUUCCGGAGACGCGCCACUUUGACCCCUGUGAGCCAACCGGGGUCCUGACAUCUACUUCUGCUCCUUGUCACGCGCAGGGCGGUGCCUUGUCGGACCCUAGCGUGAACCUCGGGGCAGCAGCCCACCUUGUGCAUCUUCCGCCUCUUUUGCUGGAUCGUGUGCCGCCCGCUGCGUGCACCGAUGCCACUACUCCCCUCACUGGCUUCAAGGACGGUACCUGUCGAGCCUUGGCCAGACCUCGCCCCCACCACCAGGGGGUCCUCCCACUUACCGACCUGCUGCCAGCCCCGUCGCAGCCUGUGCGGUCACCUGGGACUUGCACGGCGGCAACCCUCCUUACUACUCCCCCCUCCGCCACCUCGGAGGUUUCACUGCAAGGCGACCAGUGCGCAGCGGAACUUGCUCGACUCCCUCCCCCUCCGCUCCUGGAGGUGCCACUUGCAGACGACGGUCAUGCAGGUCACACCCUAGCCCUCUCGCACCAUGUGCGGGUGAUACCCAGCACGGUCUGUGUCCACGGCCCACCCUUGCGAUUGCUUCCUGGCACUAAGGCGGUGUGCCCGCUACACCUGGAUGUUGGCAGUCAGCCUCUCCAGGAUGAAGCGGAUCUUUUCCUCUGGCCUUGCUGCAUUGGCUCUAUGCACGACGGCUUUCAACUUGCCGACGGCGUGCUACCUGGGUUCCGUGGAGUGCAAAUCCCUCCAGGACAGCCAGUUCACAAGGCCCCGCGUCCACCACCGAUGAUUAGCGAUUUGAGGGCCAUGCUUACGGCGCAGCUCCCUAUUACGCCACAGUGGCUGCAGGGGCCACUUCUCAAUUGGUCACCCUUUGAGAUCAGAGGCCUCUUUGCACGAGCUGCUGAUGUCGAGGAACAACGUCUUUUUACAAUUCUUGAAUGCAGAAUGGACCAUUUGGUCCGGGGAGCUCGCCCAGACUGGAGCAUUCUUGACUACAUGACGGCAGCCGUGUAUACAGUACCAUAUCAGGUGCGUUCAAUCUGGGUUGUCACAAGACCCUUGGAGGGGGUCCCAGUGCCCCAGAUAGUUCUAACGGCCAGAAACGCCCCUCCGGCGCAUCGUGCUUUGCCAGUUGAUCUCCGCCAAGUGAGCGGCCUCCUUCACACUGUUUUAGUGCCGGUCCCCUGUACCGAGGAGGCUAUCUGGGAUGCCCUUACUGAGAAAGGCGUUGACCCGCAGAACAGGCUCCGUCGCGCCCAAGAGCAAGGUUCGGCUUCCUUUUUCAAUGAACGGGGCGAGGUCGUCACUGCAGUCGAGCCAGGCCCUGAUGGGCCAGAGUGGCUCGCCCUGCGCUGGACCGCAGCUGGCGAACCUCCCAUCAAUGUUGACUACGAGGGUGUGCCACGGCCGCUUCAUCGGAUGCAGGUCGAGGGGACCACCAGCACCACCACCCAGGCGAAGGCACAGCACAGAGCUAGCUCCAGCAGAGAUGCCAUGCCGCUUGGGCCACGUACCGAGCCCCCCGCCCUCUUGUUGAGCGCUGCAAACGCUGCAUCUUCCAAACAAUGGGGGCAUGGGCCGCAGGACGCCACACUGCUGCCUGAAUACUUGGACUCCGAGCACUUCCACAAUCAGAAUGUCUGCCUGUUUUCAUGGGGUACGACUACAGCUGAAGCGCGGGAACGCUUCACGGUCUUUGAUACCCAUCGGCAUGUUGUCCUCAUUGGCAAGGACAGCACUUCUACGUUGAAGGACAUCGUUGAAGCUGCCAUAGCGACUGCGCCUUUUCGCGUCAGGGCUAUCCAAGUCUUGAUUGAUACGCUCCCUGGACUUCCGAAGCCGCAGCUCAUUUUGUUCCAAGCCGGGGUGCGUCUUGAUCAUGCGCCAGUUCCUUGGGAUCUGCGGGAGGUUGGUGGCAACAUCUAUACUGUGCUACACAAGCAAGGGGAGCUUGUGUCCAAUGCCAUCGAUCGGCUCCAACAGGCUGCAGUGUGCCCACCUGUGCCUGUUUCCAGCCUAUCUGGCAGCGAUGCUCCGGCCAGUACAGCCGCGCUUCCGCAACUGGCCACGGCCUCCACUACAUCGACAACCACCACUGUCCCUGGCAGGCCAAUCGGCACCCUGUAUCGCCUCACCCUCCUCCAUGGGACGGCUUCGCACACGGUGACCGUUACUUCCCCGGGCUACCAAUUCCCGGCCAUUCUGUGGACAGCUGUGCUCGAAGUUCUUGCGCAGCAACCCUGGCCCGGCGGGCCACUCUACGCUGUCGCGGCUACUGCCCAGCCGCCUUGCGUAGAAGGCGUCCAGGAGAUUCUGAUGAUGCUUUGCCAUGGGCCAGGCAUGGAACCCAUUACGGUUGCCGUCGACGAGCGAGGCCAGGACAACGGGCUUAUGUCGUGCAUGCUUCCGGCUGCCACUCCAUGCAGUCAAUUGGUAGCAUCUGCCUGGCAGAACCAAGAUGUGCAGGCUUUUGUGAACGGUGUUCCUAGUUGUCUCCUCCGUCGCACUGUCUGCACUGGGGACUACUUGCAAUACGCCGUCGAUGGCCAAACUCCGACGAGCACACCUUUGGGAGCCAUCCUCAACCUCUUCCCCAUUCUGGAGGCUUUUGUUUGGCCUCAGCUCCUGGGGCCCAGCGCAUAUACCUUGGACGUGACUGGGGAGGUGCGGCUGAGGCGAAGACUCCAGAGCCCAUAUGUGCAUUGGGAAGGAACCUGCGAGAUACAAGGUCCCACUCAUGGACCUAUCAGGUACAGGAUGCCAGUCCCGCAGUUUCCGUCUUUAGAGGAAGCACAGGCAGGCCUCGCACAAUUCCCCGAUGCUCCAGCGGCCUCCCUUCAGAUCCUCCCGGCAUCCCAGCUUUAUGGACGGUAUGCAGUUUUCGUUUCCGUCGAUGCUCGCACUCCGUACCGCAAUGUGUUCUUGCCACGUACCAAUUUUCCCGGGCACUUCUCAGUGUUGACCAUUGGCCCCACAGAGGUCAACCUUCCGAUCCCGCUCCCAGAAGGUGGCAUCUAUAAGAUUCCCCGACGGCCUUGGCAGCAUGGUAAUAUCAUCGAGGUGUUGAUCCUGCCCCCUGUUGCCAGACCAUAUGCCUAUUUCAUCGCUCGCGGCUUGCCAUUGCCCACUGGGGUUGGUCAACAGGGACCAGCCCCUCGUCCCAACCCGGUCCAGCAGGUCCAGCGAGAAGGUACCAAUCUGGCACAGAUUAGGAUUGUGAGGGGCGCCAGCUCACAACCCGACAGGCCGACAGCUGUCUGUGCUCCCGACGUUCUACAGCUACGUAAGCCCAAACAAGUCCUGUGCCUUGAUACUCUGUUACCGAUACCGGAGAACGGCACAGAUCCGCAACCGCCUGGUGAGGCCCCUGCCAUCUUUCCAGUUACCUCCGACCUCGUUGAUGACUUUUUCAGGGGAUUCCACUAUAGCGGUCUGGGCUUCGACCUUCAAGGGGUUCACCUGCACCCUCAGGCACAGAAUAUGCUGCGCCUUCUCCCCCGCCAGGUCAUCUCAGAGCAAACUGAUGCCGUUCAGCUCUAUGUUGACGGCUCCUUCAAGGAGGGCCGCGGAGGAUGGGCCGUUGUUGCUUUCGCACGGCAGAACUCGGUUUGGGGAUGGGCUGGGCUGGAAUCUGUUUUGAUUCCACUGGAGCUGCCAGCGUUGCUGAUCGCGGCGGCAUUUCUGCCCAUGAGCAACCACUUGCGGAAGCCACGCUUGCUGUCACUGCCUUUCUGCGUCUUGCACACCGGGAGCCCCUGUCUCUCCACGUGCAUGCACAUGAAGGGCAAGCUGCCAAUGAGCUUGCUGACAGCCUCGCCAAAGCCUCCCUCUGCGCGGUACCUGCCUGUUCUGCAACAGGCCUUGCUGAUGUCGCACAGACUCACGCAUUUUGCCAAUCGCCACUCCUUCCGCUUGGGCGCCCGACUGGAGCGCGCCUCCCCGACAGGCGGGGCCGAUCUCGUGCAAAUGGAGACCCGCAUCCAAGGGCAGGCCGUUGAACUCGCGGAUGGCAUCCUCAAGCUCGCCUCCGAUGCAUCCGAAGGCCAAGAGGGAUGCCAGCUCUGGCUGCGCAUCGAAGGCUCCUGGUUGUCUAUGCGCAGUGGGGCAGCCUCCGCCUGGCAUUCCUGGUUGCUCAUGCACGCACAACGGUUACGGCUGAUAACGCUGUCCAUGACUUUUGGCAACUCUCGCAGCCGCCUUGAUGCCCUUCCCCCGGGCACUGUGCCCAUCUUCAUGGGCGACUGCAACGCCCGUUACACUGCUCGAGGCAUGGUGCUCCAGCCGGAGAAUCUCAACGCACAGUGCUUUGAUGACCUUUGCACUACCUCUGGGCUGUGGCAUACUGGCAUAACCGCAGCAGACGGGUCACCUUUGCGGACCUGGCGGUCACCUCACGGUUUCCCGACAUGCCUCGACUACUUUGGGGUCCCGGAGUCCUGGCAAAGUGGUCUCAGCAGACUUCGUACUGUGGAUUUCCUUGACCUGCACGCAGAAAUUGACCACUGGCCACUCGUUGUCGAUGUUGAGGUUUUUGCGCUUCCUCCGCCUCCCCGAGCAAAGGCACCGGACACAGAACUUAUGCUCACCGCGGAGGGCAGGUCUGCCAUCCACAACAUUAUGCAGCGUGUGCCCCCUAUUCCUUGGGCAAUGGAGGCCAACGACCACCUUGCCUGUUUGAAUAGCUAUUUUCAGCGUGCUAUCAAGCAGCACUUCGGGGCUACCCGAUCACGGCCCCGUUGUCCCUACCUGACCCAGGACACGUGGUUGCUCUUGGCACACCGCCGGCAUCUGCGCCGCAUUCAUCGGCGGCGGGCGACCCUCCACCUCAGGGAAGUUCUACAUGCCACUUUUCGUGCAUGGGCGGCAGCACCGCGUUGCAGCACCGCAGAUGACUUCGGAGCGCGCUUUGCAGCCCUGCGACUUCGAAAUGACUGCUGGGCUUUCCUGCACCUUCGGCGCAUGCGUGGUACCUCGAAGAUGAUCCGAGCUUCGUUUCGCACGGAUGCCGCUAACUUCGCCAGAGAAAACAUGCGAGCCGCACGCAGUGCCGGCCCGGCAGAGCUUGCCCGACUCCUCCGCUCUGUCUUGAAGUCUGGCCGUGCAUAUAAACCACCUAGGGUUGCUGUAGUGCUACAGGGCCCUGAGGGAGAGAUAUGGGAUGAGGAGGCCGUGGCAGCGAAGUUCAGUGAACAUUUCGGCAAGGCUGAACAAGCAACUCCCAAGCAGCUCGCCGAGGUCGCUAAAGACUCCCUCGCUGUCGUGCCGGACCAGCCGGUACCCGUCGAGGCACUACCUUCUCUGGCCCACAUCACCCGAGCUUUUGCAGGCCUGAAGCCUCGUCGUGCCAGCGGCAUCUCCCGCAUUUCACCUGCCUUCUAUAGCUCCGACCCGUUGGGGGCCGCCCUUGCCCACCUCCCACUGCUUCUCAAAGCUUCACUCCGUGGUACUGUCCCGUGCCUAUGGAAGGGGAGUGUUGCGAGGCCCCUUGCCAAACCGGGUAAAAAUCCCAAGAGCACCUCUGGGUACCGCAGCAUAGCCCUGCAGGAACCCGCAGCGAAAGCUUUGCAAAAGGCUUUUAGACCAGAAAUCGCGCGGGGUUUCGAAGCGCACACAUUGGCUUCGGCCGGUGGGGCAAGAAAGGGUAUCCCGUUGACCCUCCCGGCUUUGACUAUCCAGUCGCACAUCCAGCUUGCAGCGAGGCGGGGAGUUUCCGCUUCUGUCGUUUUUCUGGACGGCAUUUCAGCCUUUUACAGUGUUGAGAGACUCCCGUUGUUCUCUGCUGACAGAGGGGCUCUGGAGCAGGCACUUUGGGCCCUCCCGGUCGAGCCACUCGUGGUUCAGACCUUCCUCCACCACCUUCCUCCUCAAGGGGUGCUUUCGGCCCUCGGCGUCUCCCAGCCUUCGCAGCAUGUGCUCCAGCAAUUCCUUACCGAGACGUGGUUUACUACUUUCCCCACCUCGCCAGUGGUGCAAUCCACCCAAGUUGGAACAGUGCCUGGGGCCCCCCUUGCCGACAUACUCUUCCAAGCGAUUGCCCUUGCAGCGCUGAAAACAAUUGAGGAGCUCAUGCGCUCCGAGAGGCUGGCUGCGGCCAUCCACAUCGGCCACAAUCCCGUCACGGCCGAGCCCACUACGUGGCUGGAUGACCUCGCUCUCCUUGUGGAAUCCUCGCGGCCAGCUGAGCUCGGUGCGGCGACUGCCAGGGCAGCUUCGCUGGCUCAACAAUGUUUGCUGCUCAUUGGAGUGCGCACAAACUUCGAGCCGGGCAAGACCGAGGCUCUACUUGUGCAUAGGGGACGGGGCAGCCGAGCCGCUAAGCACGCUGUUUUCAUCGAGGGCGGGGCUACUCUUAUCCUUCCAGGGCCUUCAGGCCAAGCACACCGCCUCCGGUGUGUCUCGUCCUACGUGCACCUGGGCACGCAGCGAGUCGUCUCAGGCUCGGCGAGCACUGACUUGCAACGACGUGCCGGCCUUGCACGUGCGCUCUUCCGUCCCAUGCGAGCCCGCCUUUUGCGCAAUCCGGGACUCUCUAUUGCAGAGCGCACACGGCUACUAGUGGGAUCCGUUUUGGCGUCCUUCUUGCAUGGUACUGAGACAUGGCCGUUGCAAGUUGCGUCCGAAUACCAGGUUUUCCGGCGCCUGUACAUGGGUUUCCUUCGUGGCUCAAUUCGCCCGAUCUUCGGAUUUCCGUGCAAGCGGCUCAACGAUGGAGCGGUGUGUGCACUCCUCAGUGCCUCGGAUCCCCGAGAGGAGCUAGCGAUCCGUAGGCUCAGGGCUUUCGGACAGGUCUGCCGUGAAGGCUCAGCCUUCCUGCGAGCCACCCUGGUUAACGAGCAGACCUGGCUGAGAGCUAUCCAGUCAGACCUCUGCCUGACCGCACAGACUCUCCCCAACGAAGUUGUGCCGGUCCUCCCUGGGCCACCGAGCUUAACAUGGUUUGGCCUCUGGUCUAAGGACGCUGCCCAGACCGCUGGCUUUCUCCGGCGUUUCCGUCAAGCUGCCAUCCAUACACGGGAGGAGCUACGAGAGGGUGCCGAACGCAGAGGACAGUUCUUCCUGCGAGCUGACCAACUCGGCUUGAGGGUCUUCAGUGAGGCCGCGAUAUGGCCCAACCUGGGUGAUGAAGGUGGCCAGCACCCCUGCGAUCAAUGCGGGCGCUCCUUUGACUCAGCUGCUGCCCUUGGAGCCCACAGGAAGAGGACUCAUGGCAUCGGAGCUGCACACUCCGUCGCAUUCGGUACGGCAUGCCAGGUUUGCUCCAAAGAAUUUUGGACCAAUUCUAGGCUCCGGCUCCACCUCAAAGUCAGCCCUGCUUGUACCAAUGUGGUCGCUGCCAGCGACAUUACCGAGGAGGCUCCUGGCCAUGAUGCCGCCCAGGCAUCACUUCCGGUGACCACACUCAUCGGACCGCGCCCAUUUUGGGCUACACUGCGGCCACCCCCUGCUCCGCUUACCGCUGCUGCUGCCCCUGCCACUGACUGGCUCCAGGAGGCCUUGCAGCAUGCCGCACAACCUCUAGACCUCCGGUUCUUUAAGGCUUGUCAGGGUUUGCGCGACUCUGGGAUGGUCGAACAUUUCGCGACGCUGCGAGACCGUUGCCAUAGCGGCGACGAUGUCCUCAAAGCCGCUUUUGACGUGGCUGAUCAGGGGCACUUUUACGAGAUCGGCGCCAUUGUACAGCACGGCGCAAUCUCGGUGCACAGACGAGAGGAUGGUUUUACCUUCGGGACUUUGCAAGCUCGAAUUCACGAGCGCGACUACGGUCACAGGAUUGCCAAUGGACUUCUGGGCGCGCUUGUGGCCAUUACGGCCACCUGUGCCUGUGUGCACCCAUACGAGGCAGUGAUUGUGGGUUUCGUUGGCUCGAUUUCGGCCCUGGCCUCCAACGAUCUCCUCGAGUACAGGCUACACAUCGACGAUCCCGUGGGAGCUGUGGGCGUCCAUGGGGCUUCGGGCAUCUGGGGUCUCAUCGCUGUGGGCCUCUUUGCAGAUGGGAGCUUACCGGGUAUUGAGGUAGAAGACGGUCUCUUCCACGGCGGGAGCCCCCGCCUUCUGGCUGUACAGCUGCUCUGUGCCGUGUCGAUCAUUGGCUGGUCGCUGGCAGUUGUGACGCCUUUCUUCUAUCUCCUUGGCGUUGCUUUCAGUGGGAAUUGGCGCCGUCCUCGAAGAGGCCUGCGCGUCGACCCCCAAGAUGAGAUUGGAGGCAUCGAUCGCAGCUACCACGAGCGUGUCUCUUGGCAGGAGGGAAAAGUUGCCGGAUCGCGCACAAGCACAUUUUCAAGACAGAACGGCACCAUUUUCGAUGAGGAUUCCUCGCUGGGCUCAGAAAGCCUUGAGUCUGAAGCAUAG